GUGGGCUUGAGCGUCUUUGGUUGCUGAGCCCUAGCCGUUUCAAUGGUGCAGCUUUCACAGUCCCCACUCCGCCGCCCUUCACCUUCAUGCCACUCUGAGGAAGGGGAAGAGAAGAGUAUGAAACCAGAUAAGCAGCAGGUGACCCAGGGUCCUCGAGGGGAUAACCAGCCUCCCAUGAGCCCCCUGCAGGCAGCUUUGAAUUCUGCUGCCACAGCUUCUCAGGCAUAUGAGACUUACAUUGAUAAUGGACUUAUCUGCUUGAAACACAAGAUCAGGAAUAUUGAGAAAAAGAAGCUCAAAUUAGAAGACUACAGGGAUCGUCUGAAAAGGGGGGAGGUCCUCAAUCAAGAUCAGUUGGAAGCUGUUGAAAAAUAUGAUGAAGUCAUACAUAAUUUGGAGUUUGCUAAAGAACUUCAGAAGACAUUUUCUGGACUAAGUCAAGAGCUGCUGAAAGCACAGCGGAAAGCGCAACGAAGGGAAACCUUAAUGAAGCUUGAAGCAGAGAAGAAAAAACUCCGCACUGUACUGCAGGUCCAGUAUGUGCUGCAGAAUUUCACUCAAGAGCAUGUGCAGAAAGACUUCAAAAGUGGCUUGAAUGGUGCAAUAUACUUGCCUUCUAAAGAAUUAGACUACCUCAUUAAAUUUGCAAAAUUGACAUGUUCAGGAAGAAAUGAAACUGUUAGCAUUGAAGACCAAAUGGAACAGUCAUCACUCUGUUUCUGGGAUCUGCUAGAAGGCAGCGAAAAAGUAGUGGUUGGUACGACCUAUAAACACCUGAAGGAUUUGUUGUUAAAACUGUUAAAUUCUGGAUAUUUUGAAAACAUUCCCAUCCCGUGCAACGCACCAGAAAAAGAGGAAUUGAAAGAAGAAAUGCCUGAAAAAACUAGACAGUUGUCAAAGCCAGAGCCUGUCAAUGAAUUGG